AUGGAUAGUAGUCCUGGGGGAGGAGGUGUGAUCCUCUAUGCAGGCUCCUCUGGCAGUGCGAGCCCCAGUCCAGGCAGCCCCUCCAGCGGAUACCAGACUCAGUCACCCUCGUCUCAGUCCCAGCCCUCCUCCCCAGAGGAGGUCACCUUCACUGAAAUUGGGGCGUUGAAACAGAGGGGGGGUGGUGGAACACCACCCUCUCCAAAACUAGUCUUCCAGUUCCCUGAGGUCUACAGCAGCUCCACCUCAGCCUCCACUCAGCACACUUAUUCCCACCCCAUUGCUGCCAAGCGGUCCUGUAGUUUCACUGGAACCUUUACCAAGGCAGGAGGUAUGGUACUGCUGUGUAAAGUCUGUGGGGAUAUUGCGUCAGGGUUCCACUAUGGCGUCCAUGCCUGCGAGGGCUGUAAGGGUUUUUUCCGCCGCAGCAUUCAGCAGAACAUCAACUACAAGAUGUGUGUGAAGAAUGAAAACUGCCUCAUCAUGAGGAUGAAUCGCAAUCGUUGCCAACAUUGUCGUUUUAAGAAAUGCCUGUCCGUGGGCAUGUCCCGAGACGCUGUGCGCUUUGGUCGUAUUCCUAAGCGGGAAAAACAGAGACUUCUGGAUGAGAUGCAGAGCUACAUGAACAGCCUGAAUGAAUCAGGUACCAUGGAUGUGGAUUCCUCCCAAGCUCACCCAGUCCUGCCCAGCCCAGGGGAGACCCACUCCAAGGAGGCGAUUGGCGCCAUCUCCCGUGCUUACCAGGACAUCUUUGUGAGCUCUCAGGACCGCCUGGCCAAGAGAACCAGCAACAUCAAUGCAAGAAAUGCUGCAAGCUCGUUUCAGAACAUACCACCACGUCAGGAUGGCAGCUACAAUCACUCCUCAUCACAUGCCAACCCUACCACAGGGUACCAUUCUGCUGCCCCGCCGGUCUUUUCUGCUCCUGCCCACUGCCCGGUCACCCCCAGUGACGAUAGAUGCCCCAGCUCCUUGCUGGACAACAGUUGCUAUAGCUACUCGGCUUUGUCCAAUCAAAAUCACUGCCAAUCCAGAACUGGCCAGCCUCCACAAACAAGUUUGGCCAAUUACAACAACUACUCAGCUGGAGAGUCGCAUGGUCAAGUCUCAUGUCCAUGGAAGUUAGCUGCAGGCUCCAAAGUGCUGGCCUGUCCUCUGAAUGCGUGCCCUGUGUCUGCCCCUGGCCGCUCCAGUCAGGAGGUGUGGGAUUCCUUCUCACAGUGCUUUACCCCUGCAGUGCGUGAAGUUGUGGAGUUUGCUAAGGGGAUCCCAGGCUUCCAGGAACUCUGUCAGCAUGACCAGGUCAUGCUGCUGAAAGCUGGCACCUUCCAGGUGCUGAUGGUGAGGUUCUGCUCGCUCUUUAACCCCAAAGACAAGACAGUCACGUUCCUGAACGGGCACACGUACCCACUCGCUACCCUGCGGACACUGGGGAUGGGCUCCCUGCUGGAGGCCAUGUUUGAGUUCAGUGAGAAACUUGGCGCCCUCGGACUGGAGGCUGACGAGAUGGCACUGUUCAUGGCUGUAGUUUUGGUCUCUGCAGACCGCUCAGGUAUCACCGAUGUGGCCGCUGUGGAACAACUCCAGGAAGGUCUGAUCCGAGCCCUGCGUUCCCUGGUUACGCGUCGCCAUCCCAAUGACAGCGCUCUCUUCCCCAAACUAUUACUUCGCCUGCCGGACCUCCGUACACUCAAUAACCUGCACUCGGACAAGCUGCUGGCCUUCCGCAUUGACCCCUGA